AUGGAUGAGGUAGAAGAAGACUACAUUGACAUGGAAGUAACUUCUUUCACAAACCUUGUACGCAAAACUCUCAUCAACAACAACCCUCGAGAGUUCGAGUUCCAAAUGUCUCAUCUUUGUCCUCUCGAGACAGACACAACCACUUCUCCCGCAGACGAGCUCUUCUACAAAGGCAAGCUUCUCCCUCUUCACCUGCCUCCACGUCUCCAAAUGGUCCAGAAGCUUCUAGAAGAUUACACCUUUGACGACGAAUUCUACAGCAUGGCCUUAGCCACCGGAAUGGUUACUACUCUGGUGACGAGCAACACUCCGUUCGAGUCUUGCACCGUAGUCUUGUCAAAUUCAUUGGAGGAUGAUGAGAAGAAGAAAUAUUGGCGCAAGAAACUGAGAUUGAUCAAGCACUUGAGUUUUGGAACGAAGAUUAAAGCUUCGAGAGCUUACUUAAGAUCCUUCUUUGGAAAAUCAAGCUGUUCAGAUGAGUCAAGAGUUUCUGACGAAGGAUCUAUUUUGAGAUAUUCGCGAAUGCAGCCUCCUUUUGGAGAAAUCAAAACAGAGAGACCUAAAAAACAGAGUAAUAGUUCUAUUUGCCCGAGCCAUAGGACAUCGUUUUCGAGUUCCAACAACAAAUCAGAGACUAGCUUAGGGUUUCGGCCGUUGCAGUUUUUGAAGAGUUCGAGCUCAGAGAUUGAGAAUUCUAUUCAAGGAGCUAUCUUGCAUUGCAAGCAAUCUCAGCAACAAAAGCAGAAGAAGUGUACUGUAAAUGAGGUCGGAUUCUGUUCGUUGUCAGCUUCAAAAAUCGCAGCGACGGAUGAUCAAGAACGGGCUCAGCUGUUUAGGGGUUAA